GCACUCUGCGCAUGUGCACAUACGGUCGGGGUCUCCCUAGCUUCUACCGCCGCAGCUCUAUGGUUUUUCCCUCGCGCUUUGCCGUUGGGGGCGGCUGCUGCGGUCGUGUGGGUUGGGCGGCAGCAACAUGGAGGAAUUCGACUCCGAAGACUUCUCCACCUCGGAGGAAGACGAGGACUACGUGCCUUCGGGUGAAGAGUAUAGUGAAGAUGAUGUAAAUGAAUUAGUGAAGGAAGAUGAAGUGGAUGGUGAAGAGCAGACACAGAAAACCAAAGGGAAAAAAAGAAAGUCCCAGAGCAUUCCGGCCAGGAAGAGAAAACAAGGUGGCCUCUCAUUAGAAGACGAGGAAGGAGAGGAUUCUAAGGCAGAAUCUGGAGGAAGUAGCAGUGAGGAGGAAGACACAGCUGCAGAGCAGGAAAAAGGCAUUGGGUCAGAGGAUGCAAGAAAAAAGAAGGAGGAUGAGCUCUGGGCCAGCUUCCUCAAUGAUGUGGGACCAAAAUCAAAAGUGCCUCCAAGUACACAAGUUAAGAGAGGAGAAGAGACUGAAGAGAUGAGUUCAAGUAAAUUGUUGGUCAGAGCAGAAGAGCUAGAGAAACCUAAAGAAAUAGAAAAGGUUAAAAUCACCAAGGUCUUUGAUUUUGCUGGUGAAGAAGUCAGGGUGACUAAGGAAGUGGAUGCUGCAUCCAAAGAAGCCAAAUCCUUCUUCAAGCAAAAUGAGAAGGAGAAACCUCAGGCUAAUGUCCCUUCAGUGCUGCCCUCGCCCCCUGCAGGGUCAGGAUUAAAAAGAUCAAGUGGCAUGAGCAGCCUUUUGGGGAAAAUUGGAGCCAAGAAGCAGAAAAUGAGCACCCUAGAGAAGUCCAAGUUGGACUGGGAGAGCUUCAAGGAGGAAGAGGGGAUUGGUGAAGAACUGGCCAUCCAUAAUCGAGGGAAAGAAGGGUACAUCGAACGGAAAGCUUUUCUAGACCGAGUGGAUCACAGGCAGUUUGAAAUUGAACGAGAUCUCAGGCUGAGCAAAAUGAAGCCUUGAUGCUGUGGGGGAAGAUCAGCAGCAGUUAAAUCCUGUUUACAAUGUGAGCUCCUUGUACAUCUGUGAAAUGUUUCCGGUUUUUCUCAUCAGCUGUUGCCCAGCAAGGGUCUUUUUUCCUACAUUGAAGUUCUAUCUGUGUAUCUUGAUUGCACGUGAUUUCAUUCAUUUUACUUUGAAAAGUUUGUCCUUAAAAAAUUAAAAAAGUUGGUCCUGUGA